UGUUUGAUAGGGAAUGUCUAGAAUCUUCAGAGAAAUCUUCGACGUCUGGGUAAAAGUUCUUUCAUGAAGCACGGAGUUCAGUGAAUGUUUCGUACCCAAUGGCCGAAGAAUCUGAGGACAUUCACCGUGAGAUAUGUAAGGAUCGUAAAUAAGAAUUCGCGGGCCAACUAACGAUCAACAAAUAAGCAUGUCGACAAUGGAGGGCUCGCUCAGUAAGUGGACAAAUGUGGUUAAUGGAUGGCAAUACCGAUGGUUUGUUUUGGACGACAAUGCUGGCCUUCUGUCUUAUUAUACGAGCAAAGAGAAAAUGAUGCGUGGAGCACGUCGUGGUUGUGUACGACUGAGAGGUGCUAUUAUUGGUAUAGAUGAUGAAGAUGACAGUACAUUCACUAUUACUACAUCAUCAUGUAAGGAUGACCCAAAAACAUUUCACUUUCAAACACGCAAUGGGGAAGAAAGAGAACGUUGGAUUCGUGCACUAGAAGACACAAUUCUCCGUCAUUCCAAUGCGAGGUGGGAUCCUAAGAAAUCACUUCCUAAGCAAGAUUUUGAUCGCAAAGUGGCUGAGGCUGAUGCUUAUCUUCAACUCUUGAUUGAACAAAUUAAACUGAUCGAAAAUAAGAAGAGUGCAGUUGAGGAAGAUGAGGAAAAGCAGAAAAAAUAUUCAGCUGUCUUACUACAAGCCAAUGCUAUGCUUAAUUCUGUUAAACAUACCAUUGUCCAGUUGCAAAUCGCAAAGAAUACAGCAAUACCAGUUAAUGGAGUAUACAGAGGACCAUCUAAUUCUAUACAUGUCCCUCCAACACUCUCCCAUGUUGCAGCUAGAGCACCAGAGGCAACAGUGCAAACUGGCAUCGAAUUAGGCUCUGAAUGUGUUGAACCCAGGGUGCCUACAUUAUCAAAUGUUGUAGAUAGGGAUCUGCCAGUACCACAAUUCUCAUAUUCCUCGUCCGACGAGGACGAUGAUUACUUCGAUGCUGCGGACGAGAUACCAACUCCAAUAAGCCAGAAUCAUAUUACGCUACGUUCCGAUAACGAGCGAUUUCAUGUGUCCACGGAAAGUGCCACAGGCGAUAAACGUAAAGAGCCACCUUUACCACCUAUCAAAGGCGACGGAUCAGUAGACUACGAUGCUCUUUACGAAGAAGAAAGCGAAACAGAAAUGGAUUCCAUGGAGAGCCAUGGAUCGGUUGUUACGCAUCUUCUGUCUCAAGUAAAGAUCGGUAUGGACUUGACAAAGGUUGCCUUACCAACAUUCAUUCUAGAGCGUAGGUCACUUCUUGAGAUGUAUGCCGAUUACUUCGCUCAUCCUGAUCAGUUUGUAAGCAUUGCAGACAUGCCAACACCUAGGGAGAGGAUGGUGCAAGUAAUUCGUUGGUACCUGUGUAGCUUUCACGCGGGACGCAAAUCUGGUGUGGCUAAAAAACCAUACAAUCCUAUAUUAGGUGAAAUUUUUCGGUGUCACUGGAACAUACCAAACACCAGUUCUUCUGACAAUAUCACAGAUUCAGGAAGCAAGCUUAUAUCAGAUGGUCCUGUACCAUGGUGCAAGGAGAAUCAACUUGCUUUUCUCGCUGAACAAGUCUCUCAUCACCCUCCAGUUAGUGCAUUUUAUGCUGAACACGUUGGAAAAAAAAUUUGUUUUGGAGCACAUGUUUGGACAAAAAGCAAAUUUCUGGGCUUAAGUAUAGGGGUUCACAAUGUGGGAAAGGGUUGGGUGAAUGUACUGCAACAUGGAGAGGAGUACGUUCUAACUUUCCCUAAUGGUUAUGGCAGAUCUAUCCUCACUGUACCAUGGAUAGAACUAGGAGGAAGUGUAACUAUAAGUUGUUUACAAAGUGGCUAUCAUGCGACGGUAGAAUUUCUAACGAAACCUUUUUACGGUGGUAAACGAAAUCGAAUCACUUGUCAGGCAUUUCAAGCGGGAGAUAAAAAGCCGUUUCUGGUUAUAAAUGGAGAAUGGAGUGGUAUGAUGGAAGCAAAGUGGUCGGAUGGUAAAAGUGAAAUUUUUUCUGAUGUUAAAGAACUUAGUACAGAGAGAAAAUUAGUUAAAACAGUAUGCGAACAAGAAGAGUGCGAAUCGCGAAGGGUCUGGCGUGAUGUCACAGUUGGCCUACGUAUUAAUGAUAUGGAUAAAGCUACAGCUGCAAAAUGUGCAAUUGAACAGAAACAAAGGGACGAGGCACGUGUCCGAAAAGAAAAUAAUAUAACGUGGCAGACGAAACUCUUCAAGGAAACCAAAGAUGGUGGUUGGGUGUACAUAAAACCUCUUGUAGACAGAAUACGCAGUUCUAGUGAUCAAACAAAUGUUACGUAACCAUGUUCAAUACAAUAUUACGUGAUAAUUUUAGAUGCAGCACAAUACUAGGAAAAAUCAUGGCCUAAUGCCCAUAAGAACUGUAAUACUAAGCUUAAUUCGAGAUAUGCACUUUCACAUCUGGAGAUUUUUUGCAAAUAUUUUUACGUGCAUGAUAACCAAUUAAUUCAAUCGAAAAGAAAAGUAAUAUUGUUAUUCACUUUUUUAUUAUUCUAUGCAUUUUCAAUCUAUCAAGUCACACAAUAAAUGUGUUUUUCGUCGCUACCGAAUAAUCAAUUUUUAUGAUAUGAUUUUCUCCUUGAAAUAAUUUUACAAAGACAUUGUAACUACUAUUAUAUCAAUAUUUCAAGUACAUAUGUAUAGCGAAAUUACAAUUUACUAUAUAAUUGUGACGUUUUAUUAUCGUUGUAAUUUGUUAUAAGAAAUUAUAUGUACAAUUUAUGCAAACCUCUGUAUACAUUAUAUUGUAUAGAUUGCAUUGUAUGCCAUAACGUAUUCAGACAUUGUUUUGUGAUAGGAUAGAGACAUAGAUAAUAUAUCCAGUAUUCUGAUUAUAGAAUUAUUUUCACGUAACUUCGAGUUUCUCUUGCUAAUAAUUACAUAUUUCCUGUUAUAUAUGAUGCAUAAUCCACAUUCCAUAAUUAUGAGUUUCUGAAAUAAAUGCAUUACUUAUGCACAGAACAAUA